AUGAUCAAGAACGCUUCUGCUUAUCCCAACGAGCGUUAUGGCCCACCAUAUUGUUCAAGUCUAUCGCUGAACUGGCCAUAUGACCCUCAACAAUGUCUCUUGCCACGCGCCAACAGCGUUCAAGGCGCUGAAGCUACAUCAGCUGCAGUGCUGGACGACGAUGAGGAAUUCAUGAUAAACCCCGUUUUCGAGUCUCAUAUGCGCAACCUCAGCAACUGGUCUGUUGGUUCCGCAUUCGCCAAUGCCAUGCCGGAGCUGGUCGAAGGCGUCCGUGUCAAGGAAAGGUAA